AUGACGAGUCAGGUUGAGUUGUGGUUGCAGCCAGGAGGAGUCUAUCGUUGGACCUCCAGCAAAGCCACGGUCGUAUCAGAGAUCCAAUUUCUGGAUGAAGCGCAAGUUGAACAGAGCUAUGGUGGUUUGGCUGCGGAGAAUAGCAUUGAAAUACCUUUACGUGGAGGAGAUGAAGUAAUUGAGUUGGAUACUGAUCAACUGCCUGAUGGAGAAGAAGUGCUUAAUAUUUUAAAUCAAGAAAAGGCGCCCUUGCCCAUUUGGAUUAAUGUAGCCGUUGCUUACUAUAAGAAGAGGCUUUAUGAUGACUUUGAAAAAGUGCUCGAAGAGGCCUACCGCAAUGCGGCCGAUCUUCAACCCUACCAGGAAGGAGAUUUGGUACGGCUGUUGGAUAUGUUGGCCAACUAUUACGGACGUAAAGCGUACAAGGAAAAGACAAAAGAGAAGAAGAAUCAGCUGAUCGCACACGCCACCCGCCUAUUCACUUCAGCCGACCGCAUCGAUAUGUACGAUCAGAAACAUCUGCUUGGUCGAGCAUUUUUCUUCAUUUACGAGGGAGAGAAUUGGAGUCAGGCAGACAGCCAGCUCAAUUUUGUCCUUAAUCAGGGAGCCCCAAGCGUGCCUGCCUAUCUGGGAAAAGCGUGUAUUGCUUUCAAUAAAAAGGAAUAUCGAAACGCUCUUGGAUUCUACCGAAAAGCCCUCAGGUUACAGCCUAACUGCCCUGCUUCCGUUCGGCUAGGUAUGGGGCAUUGCUUCUUCAAGCUGGGGAACAUGGAGAAGGCUCGUCUAGCAUUCCAGCGCGCGUUAGAUCUGGACCCAGAUUGUGUUGGAGCUCUCGUUGGAUUGGCUAUCUUGGACCUGAACGAAAAGACACAAGAAUCUAUCAAACAAGGGGUUCAGCGUCUGUCUCGCGCGUACAAUCUCGACCCUACCAACCCCAUGGUAUUGAACCACCUAGCAGACCACUUCUUUUACAAAAAAGAAUACGACAAAGUUCAGCGGUUGGCGCUACAUGCCUUCUAUAACACCGAGACGGAGGCUAUGCGUGCAGAAAGUUGCUACCAGAUGGCUCGCGCCUUUCAUAUGCAAGAGAAUUACGACAAUGCAUUUCAGUACUACUACCUGGCUACACAGUUGGCUUCGUCAAACUUUAUCCUACCUUUCUAUGGUUUGGGACAAAUGUACCUCCACCGAAACGAUUUGGAACACGCUGCCGUCUCCUUUGAGCGUGUACUGAAAGAUCAUCCGACGAAUUACGAAACGUUGAAAAUCCUUGGCAGUUUGUACUCUCAAUCAAACAAACCAGACAAACGAGCCCAAGCCAAACAAUUGUUCAAGCAGGUAACAGAAAGCCAACCAGAAGAUGUUGAGGCGUGGAUAGAGUACGCGCAGUUGUUGGAAAACGACACAAACGGGGCACUAGAUGCAUAUUUGAAAGCGUUAACAAUAUUGGAGAACAUACAACUGGACGUGGCACCGGAGAUUUUGAACAACAUCGCUUGCUUAUAUCACAUGAAAAACGAUCAUACACAAGCCAUGAACUUUUUUACUCGGGCUCUUGAUCGGAUCCAAGAAGAACAGCAGUCUGAAGAGAAUGAGCGAGCCGACGGUGGUGCUGGACACGAUGAUGAAUAUUAUCAUGGCCUAAACAUCACUGUCCGUUAUAACCGAGCUCGAUUGCAUGAGGUGUGUGGUCGACCAGACUUGGCUGAGGAAAUCUACAAGAGCAUUUUGCUCCAACACCCGAGCUAUAUCGAUUGUUAUCUUCGAUUGGGCUGUAUCGCCCGUGACCGUGGUAUGAUUUGGGACGCCUCCAUAUGGUUCAAAGACGCUUUGGAUAUUGAUCCCGAUCAUCCGGACGUCUGGUCUCUAAUCGGUCUUCUCCAUCUGAGUAAAAACGAAGCGGAACAGGCUCAGAAGAAGUUCGAUCGAAUUAUUCGACAACCGACCUAUCGAGCUGAUGCCUUCGCCCGUAUCUCUCUGGGGAACAUUUGGCUUACCACGCUUCACCAUCCUAUACGUGACAAGGACAAGCGUAAACGCCACCAGGAUCGAGCGCUGUCGUUCUACAAAGCUGUAUUAUGUGCUGAUCCACGUAAUAUAUGGGCCGCUCAUGGAAUCGGCUGUGUUCUUGCGCACAAGGGUUUCGUGAAUGAAGCUCGUGAUGUCUUUGCGCAGGUUCGCGAAGCUACCGCCGACUUUCCCGACGUUUGGAUCAAUAUUGCUCAUAUCUAUGUUGAGCAGAAGCAAUACACAGCUGCUAUUCAAAUGUACGAAAACUGUCUGAAGAAGUUUUCCAUGCAGAACAACACCGAACUUCUGCAGUAUCUUGCCCGCGCGUAUUUCAAAGCUGGGCAACUGAAGGAGUGCAAAACAAUGCUGUUAAAGGCUAUGCAUGUGAAACCAUGGGAUCAACUGCUCACCUUCAAUUUGGCUUUGGUGCGCAAGCGCUUAGCCGUGACAGUCCUGCAGGAUGAAACUAGCAGCUUCCUGUCGGUGUGUGAUGCGAUUGCCGAUUUGAACAUGGCCAGAUGCACAUUUGAUCACUUGUCGAAAUCCAACGAGGUCCUCAACCAAGCACUGGCUGCCGAUGAAGCCCGCACCUGCCAAGAUUUGUUAAGCCAGGCCAAGUAUCAUCUGGAUCGCGCAAAGUCUCGAGAAGAACAAGAACGUGUUGUUAGAAAAAGACAGGAGGACGAACGCGAGGCUCAGAGGAAACGUCAAAUUGAACUUCAGAAACAAGCAGAACAGAUGCGUCUUGAACGAGAACGAAGGUUAGAGGAGGAACGAGGUCGGUUCCUGGAAAAGGCCAAACAAAUAGUCUUGGAGCCUGUAAUUGAGGACCGAAAAGGAAGAAAAAGCGCCGGUGGAAGUCGAAAACGCGAUGAUUUUAUUGCUUCUGAUGACGACGAUAGUUCGGGUAGUCCGGUGGAACGAGGUGACCAGCUCGAAGGAGAGGCCGGUUCGCAGCUGAAAUCGAAGCAGAAAAAGCAUGGCAGCAAGCGACGUAGUAUGGAUUCCCGUUUGGCGAGCGGUGCUCGCAAAAAGCAACGACUGGGUGGUUCCAGGGAUGACGGACUUACUGCUAAACAGCGCAUGCGGGUCGUUAGCAAGGCCAUAAUUUCGGAAUCUAGUGAUAGUAGCAGUGAUGAUGACCUCAAUCAGGAGGAUGAAGACGCACGGGUCGCUGCCCUGGCAAAGAAGAUACUAUCCUCUGACGAAGAUGACCCCGAUCAACCGGUGGAACACCUUAUGCGCCACAGACAAGCCAGUCCUUCUUCGUCUGACUUGUCUGACAAUCACAAACAUUCGAGAAAAGCUCAUAAACGCUCAAGGAAUGAAAGAGUACGAAGUGGUAGGUCUCGAGGUCAAAAACGGCACAACGUUUCGUCUGAAGAGGAAGAGGAGGAGGAUCAGCUGAGGCGAACUCAGGCUGAGGACAGCAGCGAUGAUGAGGCUUUUCAUAUUCGCAAACCUCCAUCGAAGUCACACCACAAGCACGGGAAACGUGAUCGAAACCCGAGCAAAUCCCCCGCAUCGAGCCCAGAAGUUAAAGAGAAAGAAGUGGAGGAUUAUGAGGAGGAUUCCGAUGAGGGACUCGUUGGGUUGCAGAAACGAAAGCGUUUGGUUGCCAGCAGCGACAGUGACGAGGCAGAUAUUUCAAAUACAAAACCUAGGCGAGCCAACUUGCAAUCAGAUGACGAUGACAAUUCCAAUGAAGCUCCUGCGGAUGACCUAUCAUCCGCCCUAUCAGAAGAUGAGGAGAGCUCUUGACUCCUACGAGGAUGUUAUUGUAUAUUCUGCAUUCUUGUUUACCCACACCAUGAACACUUUUCCUGUAUAAUGUCAUCACAACACGAUUAUGAAAGCCUCUUGGUCUUAUUGUCUUCCUGAGUGUGCGAAGAC